UGGCGAAUUUAUUGAUCAUUGUGUGAGUUUCGAAGGCAGGCGUCGCGUCGCGCGCCGCACGUGGCGCCGACAGAGCGCUGCCUCUCGUCGACCAACGCCGCCCACCGCCGGCGCGCCUCCGCGCCAACUUGCGCGAUGCGACGGCCGACGACGCCUCGGCGCGCCUUGGCUGUCACCCGUCUUGUCACACCGCGUUAUCCUCAACUAAAUUAACUUCGUUUACGUAUCGUUACACUCGAACAUCACUUGACAUAAAUAACACCUGCCAACUAAAACAUAUACAGACUGUCGGUUAAUUCGUGUUUAUGUGUACUAUCUCGAAAUGAAUCGAGCGUGAAUAUAAUUUGUUUAUUGUAAUAUCGCAUACUGCCUUUGAAAAAAGGAGGUUCUUUGCGUAUCAAUGCAUGUUCUAAUAAAUAGGGGCUCGUGACAAACGAAGCACGUUCGUGCGACUACGUCAGUAACUGGAAUAGAUUCAGAUAUUACGAAGCGUGAAAUUAAAGGAUAAACAAAUGAAGUCCGGAGCGAGCGCCAUAAUAAUGAAAGAGCAGUCGGCAUCAGAAGGUGUCAAGCUGCAGACACGGGCCGCGUGACCCGGCAAAACGGCUCGGCCGCGGCGCAUCGGCGAACUGGGGCAUAUCGAUAAGUGUGUCCUACUUACCCGGUUUCGUGGCGGUACCGGUGCCGCGGUGCAUUUUAGACGAAGGCGUCAUAGAAGAUGUCCGGAAAGUCUUACACUUCGGGUAGCAUGCGUUCGUGCGCCGGUUCCGUGCGGCUGGGUACAGCAUCCGGCCACGAGGUGGUGCUGGACGCGUUGUACGAGAGGAAACGCGACAAGAAGAGCGUGCGCGUGCUGACCGUUAUCAUAUAUGUAUUCUGCGUGUCGCUGGCCGCUAUAAUGCUCUCGCUCUACUACGUGUUCUUCUGGGAGCCCAAGGACGCGCAAUACGCGCAGCGCAAGGUGUCAAACACAGUCACGCCGCAAAUCAGCACUACACCAAUGCCCACUUGCUUUAUGCCUCACACCGGAGGAAGCAAUACCCCAGUGAAUCAAACUGCCAUUCCACCUAUCCUAGAUGACUUCGCUAAUGCUACGAAUACUAAUGAAACUACUGAAGCGACAAUUAACUUAAUUGUAAACUCAACGAUAUCAACUAUUACCAGAGACAACGAAACAUCAACCACACUUCCAAACCUCAACUACAUCGACACUCUCAACGUUACUACGGUUACAUGACGUUUUGAAAAAUUGUUAAAAAAAACUCACAAAAAAACUACUUGUAGCUAAAUCAUGUCUACAAAUAUAUUCAAAGACAAAAUAGUGCUGACUGAGCAUAUUGGUCUUAUAUGAUCACGUAACGUUUGCCGUCUAUAAAUUCUACAUGAAUUGUGAUACAUAUGUACGUUAAGCAUUGGAUUCAGAUGUUACAACACGAUGUCAGCUAUGUCGAAUCGUAAAAAGAUAUUUAUCUAUAAAUGGGAAAGCGUAGCUGAAAAUUUCAAAACCAAUGACAUUAUUUUCCAGAUACUAAAUAAUGUUCUAGUAGGUUUAAAGAAGUUAUGUAGAAGCGCCCACUUUCACGGAUAGCGCUUUAAGAAUCCUUGCAUAGUAUUAAAAUAGAAUUGUAUUUUAACCUUUGUAAAUUGACAGCUAGGUACGUCAGUGACUAUUAAAUUAUCAUAGUUUAUUUAUAGAAAAGCGUAUAGAAAGUAAAAUCCGUGAUGUUCGCUUAAAGCGAAGUCUGAACCAUAACACCAAUAGCUUAAAAUUCUUAAGAUAAUAAAAUAAUAAUUCGUUAUCCUUAGAUACCGUUUUAAUAAUAUAAAAUAGUUGUAUUAGGUAUUUAUCGAUAAUAAGUGAUAACUUUAAGUUAAAUAAAAAUGUACUAGCCAUGUUUUUAUAAGUUUAUUAGGUUAAUUAAUUUUAUUUGAAACAAAUUAUUUUACAUAUUAUAUCUAAUGCAAAAUAAAUAAUGUAAUGUACUUUUAUAAUGCAAGUUAUAAAUGAAAUUCUUUGACUAUAUUACGUUUUUCAAAUUUAAAUAUUUACUACUACUAUUUAUAAAAUAUCUUAUUUUAUUUUUUGUUUUAUCGUAGUUAUAGCGAGGUUUGUUUGUACAUAGCAGAAAUAUUUUAAUCUUAUAGGUAUUCAAUGCGAAAAUUAUUUUCACUAGUGAAAAAUAUAAUAUCGAAAAUACCUACAUAUAUACCUAUUACUCGUUACUUACGAGUCUUACUUAUCAGGAAAGCAUAGCGUUGGUUGUUGUAUGUUAUGAAAAUAAUUUCAAUAUUUUUGUUCACAGUUAUUAUUAAAAAGUGUGAAAUGUGUUGUUGAUUUGUAAUGUAUUAUAUAUAUUGUUUCCGUUAUGAU